CGCGGUCAAUCCUCCCGGUCGGCUAUCCAGGGCCCAAUGGUCGUCCUUGCCUUUGCUCAACUGCCUCGGUUGUGUCUCAGAAUGGUAGCAUCUCCGGUCUGUCCAGUCCCUAGUGACGCUUUGAUGGAUAUGAGAUCCUGCUGGGUUCCAUGGGUCGUCACCCUUAAACGGUCUGGUUCCACGCCCUAGUAUCUAUACAAGCCAGCAUCAUUAGACCCACCAUGAUGAUCUGUGCUGUGGGAGAUAGAUAAAUAGUACAUGCAUGGCUUGCAGCGAGCAUUUGCUUUUUUUCUAAUCUCGAGUCUUCUGUUUGAUUGUUGUCGCUGCGCACCAAUAGGACUCGCUCCAGCCUGCUCUCCCGACGUUCAUGGAGCUCACCGAUCACUCAAGUCAGUCGCAGACUGAUGAAAAAGCAGUGGCAGAGUCACCUCCGACCGGCAAUAUGGAGAGGAAAUUCAGCCAUGAUGAGGUUGUUGCGUACGAAGAGAUGGGUGCGCCUGUGGACAACCCAAUGACCUUCCGUCGUUUUAUGGGAUUCACAGCGAUGGCUUUUCUAUGGACUGGAAGCCAAAUCCCAGUCUAUCUCUUCGGAGGCAUACCACCUUAUGUCUACGGAGACAUUGGCGGCGCGGAUCGAUGGGUUUGGUUUGUCCUGGCGAACUUGCUGGCACUUGCUGGUGUCUGCCCUUUUGUCGGAUCACUUUCGGAUUUGAUCGGUCGUCGAUACGUUGCCCUCAUCGGUGCCUCCCUUGUUUGCCUUGGUAUGAUAGUCAGCAGUACCGCAAAUACGAUGAAUAUUUUCAUUGCGGGGAUGGCAAUAGCGGGCGCAGGUGCAGGUAUCAAUGAGUUGACUGCAUUAGCCGCCACCUCAGAAAUGGCUCCAACUCGACAAAGAGGAAAAUAUGUUUCAGUGUUGAUCUUCACCAUCUUGCCCUUUUGCCCAUCUGUACUGUGGGCUCAGCUUAUUGCAGCACACAGCGGCUGGCGCUAUGUCGGAGCUUUCUGCGGAGCAUGGAGCGGUUGCGGUUUGCUCAUCACAGCCCUCUUUUACUUCCCGCCACCACGAGUCAAUUCAGAAGGCUUGACGAGAUCCGAUAUUAUCAGUCGUAUAGACUUCAUCGGGGGGUUUCUCAGUAUUUCUGGCCUUAUCAUCUUCUUGGCUGGACUGCAGUGGGGUGGAUAUAUGUAUGACUGGACAUCCGCUCAUGUUCUGGUUCCUCUGAUCCUUGGCUUUGUUCUCUUGGUUGUGUUUGCAUUUUGGGAGAUCUAUGGUGCCAAAUAUCCCAUCUUUCCAAGCCGACUAAAGCAAGAGCCACGCAUUUUGGGCUUGACCCUAGUCAUCACGUUCAUCUCAGGAGCAAACUUCUUCUCUGUCCUCAUGUUCUGGCCCACACAGUCGUUCAACGUGUACGGCCACGAUCCCGUCGAUGUUGGUGUUCGGAGUCUCCCCAUCGGGUUCGGCAUCAUGGCAGGUGCUUGUAUCAUCCUAUGGCUCCUUAGUGUCUUGCAUGGCCACAACAAGGAGCUACUCAUCAUCAGCAGCGUCCUCAUGACAGCAGGCUGCGGUGCCAUGUCAAUAGGCCGACCAGACAACCUAUACCAACUCUGGGGCAUCCUAAUCAUCGCAGGCCUAGGAAUCGGGGGCAUAAUCGUCCCAGCCUCAAUCAUCACAACAAUUAUAUGCCCAGACGACCUAAUCGCCACCAUCUCAGCCCUCACUCUCUCCAUCCGCGUCGCCGGCGGCGGCAUUGGCUACACAAUCUACUACAACAUCUUCAUUUCCAAAUUCGUCCCCAACGCACAACACUACAUCGGUGGCGUCAUGCUCACCGAGCUCAACAUAACCAACACCACAUACAUCGCCGAAGCGAUCGAACUGACCGGUGCAUCUCUGCUCGACGAAUUGAAGCUCAUCCCCGGAAUCGCGGGAAACGAGACUGCGUACAAUGCCGUCGUAGCGGCAGGUCAGCUCGCCUAUGCUGAGAGCUAUAAGUGGGUGUAUUAUGCUAGUAUUGGGUUCGGGGGCGUGUCUAUCAUCGCUGCUUGCUUCUUGGGGAACAUUAAGAAGUAUAUGAAUGAUCAUGUGGCUGUUGUGAUGCAUUGAGAGUAUCCUUUGGGAGGAGGUAAAGGAUAUAUCUUAUCUAUGAUGGGGUGGUGGACGUACAUGCAUGGGCAUGAUUACUUGCAGCUAUGUUUAUAAUGGCUGGUUCGCUGCGAUGACUUGUGUGAUGAUGAUGGCUCACGAUGUAUAAAUGACGAUGAUACGAUGUGCAUGUCUACCUCAAAGACACCACACUACUGCAUGACUUACAAGGAAAAUAUAUAACAACCCCACACUAAACAUGCUAUGAUUAUUUUCU